CAUCGACAACAUGUAUCGAGCAUUGUGCGCGUUAGUGGUUCUGUUAGUGGCAUUUGAACAAGUGUCCUGCCAUGGAGAUUUUCGAGGACGACAUAGCCACAGACAUGAUCACCAUAAUCACCAUCGCCACCGACACCACAAACCAAACCCGCUUCUGUUCCUUAAUUUCGCCAUCUACGAGCCGAAAGGAGUAGAAUUGUCGAUCCGCCGACCAAACAGCUCCGCACAGUACUUUGCUGUCGAGUUGUUCAUCAACAACCCGGAUGGAGACAAACCCGAUGUCUCUCUCAACACGACGGAAGUGAUCUACGGCAAGUAUAUCGUGCGAGACCCGGAAGCAAUCCUGAAACCGGGUGAUUCCGUUAACGUUACGACGUACUUCGGUUACACGGAUGGUGACACUCAAAAAAUCAGCAUGAGGAUGUUCAUUUUUACCCACAUGAUCACUAGAAACUGCACAUGCGAAAAUGCUACGCAGAUCGAGACCACUUCUCGGAAGCCGUUUCUCUCGGUCCCUCCAUGGUCCCGAUCAUCUACUACUAUCCCUUCUCGCGCUCCACGUCCAACACAGGCAAGGAUAGCAAGAACGACAACAACGACUACAACUCCACAACCCACCUCUACCAUCUCGAGCAAUCUGGAACUCUCCGAUAUGGACUACUCCGACGAGCAGUUCGAUUGUGAGAUCGAUCCCGAAACGAACCUCUGCACGACGGCCAACCUGAUCGACGUACGGCACAGCAGCGAAUAUCGCCCACAGAAAAUGGUCACCAAUGCAGGACCCGAACAGGAGUUGGCCACACUCCGAGGCGUCAUCAAGAUGCUGAACGAUCGGUGCUCAAACAAGCCACGAACCAAAUACCUUACCCUGGCUAUCUCUGGCCAAUCCGCCGAAGAGUCCGUUGACUGGAUGGCGUAUGUCCGGCGUUCUUUGUCGGUGUCCCCGAAGCUGACCGAGCUGGCGGAAACUGCGCUGGAAAGUGCCAAACCGCACGGAGACGUCAUCAUGUUCGAGAUGAAAACAUCUCUCGAUAAGCUCAAGCUGCUGUAUCUCACCAAAAAGAACGGCAUGACAUCGGUGCAGGACUUAGACUAAAG